GAGGUUAUGUUUCAUUGCUUACGACGUGUAGUGUUACCUUUCUUUCUCAAGUGAUAUCGGAUCAAGAUUUUAUGAAAUAACUGCAUGAAAUAUUUUCUUUUCUUUGAUUAUUUUGUGUUUUUAUUAAACUUUACCGAAGUGAUUUACGAUGGCAAACUGGGAAGAAAAGAAAUCUCUCAUCAUACGUAACCUGCAAGAAGUAUUGGGUGAAGAUAAACUCACAGAGAUUUUAAAGCAGAGAGAUCUCAAAAUAUACUGGGGUACCGCAACUACAGGCCGACCUCAUGUGGCAUACUUUGUACCUAUGUCUAAGAUUGCAGACUUUUUGAAAGCCGGUUGUGAGGUAACAAUCCUUUUUGCUGAUUUACAUGCAUAUUUAGAUAAUAUGAAGGCUCCUUGGGAACUACUGGCACUUAGAACUCAAUACUAUGAAGCUGCUAUAAAAGCUAUGUUGCAAUCUAUUGGUGUUCCAUUAGAGAAACUUAAGUUUGUGAGAGGUACUGAAUAUCAGCUUAGUAAGGAAUAUACCUUAGAUGUUUAUAGGCUGUCUUCAGUUAUUACAGAGCAUGAUGCUAAAAAAGCUGGUGCUGAAGUUGUGAAACAAGUAGAUCAUCCAUUGUUAAGUGGAUUACUUUAUCCUGGAUUACAAGCAUUAGAUGAAGAAUACCUUAAAGUUGAUGCUCAGUUUGGUGGUGUAGAUCAAAGAAAAAUAUUUACAAUGUCUGAAAAAUACCUUCCUCAACUUGGAUAUGCUAAGCGAGUGCAUUUAAUGAAUCCCAUGGUUCCGGGUUUGACUGGAGCUAAAAUGUCUUCCUCAGAAGAGGACAGCAAAAUUGAUUUAUUAGAUAAUCCAGCUAAUGUCAAAAAGAAACUGAAAAGAGCAUUCUGUGAACCUGGCAAUAUCACAGAUAAUGGUGUUUUAUCAUUUACCAAGCAUGUUAUUUUCCCAUUAAUGAAACCAGGAGAAUCAUUUAAGAUUAUAAGAGCACCAGAACAUGGUGGUGACAUAGAAUUUACUAAUUUUGAUGUUUUAGAGGCUGCAUUUGCUAAGCAAGAGAUUCAUCCUGGAGACUUGAAAUUAUCUGUAGAGCUGUGUAUAAACAAACUUCUAGCUCCCAUUCAGGAGAUAUUUAAAGAUUCUAAACUACAAGAAUUGACUAAGAAAGCAUACCCAUCUUUGGCUAAAAUAAAAGGUAAUGCCAAUACAACAAGUGAUGAAAUUACACCUGUGAAGUUGGACAUUAGAGUUGGAAAAGUUGUGGAAGUAGCAAGGCACCCUGAUGCUGAUGCUUUGUAUGUAGAAAAAAUUGAUUUAGGUGAAGAACAACCCAGGACUGUUGUUUCAGGCUUAGUGAAUUUUGUACCUAUAGAAGAGAUGCAAAAUAGAGACGUUGUUGUACUUUGUAAUUUAAAACCAGCAAAAAUGCGAGGUGUGGAGUCCAAAGGUAUGGUCCUGUGUGCCUCAGUUGUUGAGCCUAAGCAAGUUGAGCCUCUGUUACCACCAGAUGGCAGUAAACCAGGAGAUAGGAUUGUUGUGGAAGGGUAUGAAUCUGGAGAGCCAGAUGAUGUUCUAAACCCCAAAAAGAAGAUCUGGGAGAAAUUGCAAGUUGACUUAAAAACAAACGACAAUCUUGUUGCUGUAUGGCAAGGAAAUAAAUUGAUAAGCAAAGUCAAUGGCAAUUCAGUUUCCACCAAGUCCAUGAAAAAUGCUCCUAUAAAAUAAGUAUAAAGUAAUUCAAUAAUCUUUAUAUUAUAAGUAAUUUAUGAUGACUAAUAAACAGGACUGCAUUAUCAUAAAAGCUUUUAACAAAGAUUCAAGUUUAAUUUCUAUAAAUUUUAAGAUCUUCUAAAGAUUAUUUGAGCUAUCAACACUGUUACAAUACAUAAAAAAAUAUAUGUAGAUACACAUUUUGAAUAC